AAUAGGUGACUGCAGGGAACUCAGAAGCCUGGUGAAGAAGAAGAAGAAUGUCCAAGAGAUCUUCUCUGAAAUACUGCCUGCCCUGUGAGCAAAGGAAGAGUGAAGACAGAAAAUUCUGAAAGUGAACCACUGGCUAGAGUGAAAACAGCAGAUGUAAGAAAGAGCAGAGCACAUUAAAGGCGAUAUUUAAAGAAAUGGACUAAUACUGCACAGGGGGGAAGAGAAAACCCCCAACAAGCCAGAAGCACCGAUCACACCUCCGUGUGGGAGCUAAUUGCUGGGAGCAGCGUUUGCCGCCAGACCUAGGCUUUCCCCUGCCUCCAACCUGAAGCGAUUUCUCCUGGAACAAAGUCAUCCCCCGCCGCACUCCACCUUUGCCAGCCGUUGACAAGUUUUGCCAUUUGGAUUUAAUGGAGCUGGGAUUCUUGUUACUUUUUGGACUUACAGUGACCUCGAGCGCAGGGUUCUCGCUGCCCGUGCCUCGCCCCCGGCCCCUCGCGGAGAGCGGCAGCGGCCGGGGCUCGAGGUUUCCCGCGCUCCGGGAGCAGGCCGGUGCGGAGAGCCCGGGCCGGGCCGCCGCAGGGGGGCUGCUGGCCGGCGGAGGAGGGAAGGCGGAUGGCCCGGGAGCGCCGCGCCGCAGAGCCAAGCGCUGCACUUGCUACACCUACAAGGACAAGGAGUGUGUGUACUACUGCCACCUGGACAUCAUCUGGAUCAACACCCCCGAGUGCACAAGUCCUGAUAUAAAGAGAAAUCACUGUAGGGAGACACAGGGAGAAAAUCUCAAGGGAGUUCUCUUUACACUUCAUUCUUCAGUGUGCUGCAUGAGGACUGUACCAUAUGGGCUGUCUAACUACCGAGGCAGUUUCAGAGGCAAAAGGUCUGCAGGACAGCUUUGCAAGAGAACAGAGUCUUUAGAUUGGUCUUUAUCACGGUGCUCUUGUUUGGACAUACGUGACAAACAGUGCAUGUUGUUUUGCACAAGAACCCAGGACAGCAGAUGUAAUCAGGGGCCACUGAAAAAGACAGCAGAGAAAGAGCAACGCAGAGAAAAUGAACAUGCCCUCAUUCAUUAGCACAGUGGGUCCAGGCAGUUUCUGAACCGAGAGGUUUAGUGUUUGUUUGCUGAAGCUCAGAAGCAAGAAUCUAAGCUACAAAUCUCCCAUGAGAUGGACAUAUUGGAAUGCUUCAGGCUGGCUGCCAAUAGAUAAUCGAGCAGUAUGCAACGCCUUUAUUGCAUUGAUGCCAGUUUGAGGGCACAUGAACCUGUGUGAAGAACUUUGCAUCCUUUUAUACUUCUCUGACGAGAGUGUCAUAAACCAUGCAAUACAGGAUGAGUAUUUGCAUCUCCACCCUGGAGAUGCGGGGGAGGGAAAAAGGAGUAUUCAAACUUUAGCAACACAAACAGAUUCAAGAAUGACUUUUUUUACCUGGUUUUAAAAAUAAUACAGUAGAAACAUACUGUUCCACUUAGUGCUUGCUGCCUGCGUGAAGUAACCAGUUCCAGCUGUAUGCAGGCAAUUAUGAUUGGAGAAUCUGGUAAAUUAGAGAAUUGUCUGUAUAAGAAUUUGCAUUAUGGAUAAACAGAAACAAAAUAUGUCUCUUGCUAAUAGAUGCAAGCCUAUUAGCCAAUCAUCAUAUUGUAACAUUGUUGGCAGAUAUUUAAAUGUCAGUAUCUAUGCAGAAUAAAUAUGAAUGGUUAAUAUUUAUAUCAUUAUAAAAUAUAGCAAGUUAGCAAUAUACAGUAAGUAUUCAAUAGGUUACUUAAUUAAGGCACAAAUUAUUUCUGUGCUGGAAAGUUCAAUCCAGAAACACAUCUACAAUGAAUAUCUAGGGAUAUACACUGUAGUUGAUGAAUGGAAUUCCAAUCAUCCACCAACAAGAAUCUGCUGAGGAUGAAACUAAGACUGACAGAUACAAAAGCGUUAUCUAAACUUCAUACAUUCAAAAUAAUUUACAUCUCUCUCUCCUAAUCCCAUAUGUGCUGUGCCAUACAUACCCAGUGCAUACAUUCCUAUUUGCUGAUGUUUUAAGACAUGUUUUUAACCCUUGAUUCAAACUACUUUACUGAGCAGUUGAAGGAUUGGGGAAAUGUCAAGAAAAUGGGAACAAGGACAAUGUUGGUCCCUGGAAAUUUAUCAUCAAAAGUGAUUUCCUCAGCAAGUAUGGACUGGACUGGUUUUUUGGGAGAAACAAAAGAACAAGCAAGAGGAUGAAUAACGCUUCCAAAUGUUGCUCUUUGAUAUGAUUUAAAAUGUAACAGAGGAAUUUCCUAACUUGUGGCAUUACUGAUUCCUUUGUUAGACCUUCAUACAAAUCUUCCUAGGUGAAACUAUGAGCAAAUGACAUUUAUAUUUUAAUCAGAAGAUAGUUGCAGACCAAAACAAAAACUGUAAAUUGAAUAUAACUGAACUUUGAGUUCACAAUACAAAUGGAUAUAUAGGUUAAACAGUGGCAAUAGAUAUUGAAACAAGAAAGGGUAAGGUCUCUGCCAAAAAUUAUAUAUAUUAUAUAUAUAUGGAUAUAUUUCAUAAAUAAAUUAUUAGAGUUAUAAAGUGAAUAUAUCUUUCAAUUAUCACAUUUGUGUCACUGUUUUUUACUUGCUGGCAUGAUUUUGUAUGUUUAUAGAAAAGUAGAUUAUUUAUUGUUAAAACACUUCACCCAUGGCUUUUUGGUGUGGCUUUUUUAAAAUAAUGUAACAAAGGGAAUGUGUGUGUGUGCAUAUGUAUAUAUAUUUUAAAUAACCAACCUUUUGUUAUGAAGGCAAUAAUGUUCAUUUAUAACCAUUUUUUGGAAUACAUAUGCACAAUUAGGAAUAUGAGAAUUUGCCAUCUUCAAAGGAGAGUGGUAGUUCUCCUAAUAAUCUGCGAAUUAAGUAAAAUCAAUAAAAAGAGCUCUUUGAUAUAA